GAGGCGCACGUCACAGGAGUGACAAAAAUCCCACAAUGCAAUGCUUUUUUCACCUCAGCUAACCUGAAUUACUGUCCAUCUGAGAGGGAUAACUUUACAUUAUAUCGCUUCAUUUCAGCUCAGAAUUUCGCGAAUUGUUGUUCCUGUUGUUCCUGGCGUUUGUCCCGUCAUAUCCACGGAGUGGCUCGCUGUUGUAUUCUCCGACCUCCCAGCCAGUGGUUGUGGGAUCAGGAUUUCAGCUUAGGAUGGAUCCAGAGUACGAACAUCGCCUCCUCCGCCAAAUCAACAUUCAAAACGACAACUUGAACCCUGCUAGUUUGCAUUGUCGGACACCCACGAGCUCCCCGUUAUCCUCACCCAGUAAACUUGGAGACAGGUUCAUUCCCACCAGAGCGGGGGCAAACUGGAACAUCAACUUCCACAGGAUCAAUGAAAAUGAGAAGUCGCCAACUCAGAACAGAAAAACAAAGGAUGCCUCUUCUGAUAAUAUCAAAGCGGAUGGGCUGGCCUACUCUGCUUUGCUGAAAAAUGAGCUGCUGGGAGCAGGAAUAGAAAAGAUCCAGGACCCCCAGACAGAGGACAGACGUCUACAACCAUCAACCCCAGAGAAGAGAAGUCUCUUCACUUAUUCACUUAACACCAAAAGCUUGUCACCAGGCAAUGACACCAACAUCUCUCCCUACUCUCUAUCACCUGUCAGCAGCAAAAGUCAGAAAUUGCUGCGUUCACCAAGAAAGCCAACUCGCAAGAUUUCAAAGAUUCCUUUUAAAGUCCUUGAUGCUCCAGAGCUGCAGGAUGACUUUUACCUCAAUUUGGUGGACUGGUCAUCUCUCAAUGUACUCAGCGUUGGACUGGGUACAUGUGUUUACCUGUGGAGUGCCUGUACCAGCCAGGUAACGAGGUUGUGUGAUUUGUCAGUGGAAGGAGACUCAGUCACAUCAGUUGGGUGGUCUGAAAGGGGUAACUUGGUGGCAGUGGGGACUCACAAAGGCUACGUUCAGAUCUGGGACGCUGGUGCUGGGAAGAGACUCUUUGCCCUGGAAGGACACACAGCUAGAGUUGGAGCAUUAGCAUGGAAUGCAGACCAGUUGUCUUCGGGAAGCCGUGAUCGCAUGAUUCUUCAACGAGAUGUGCGAACUCCUCCACUCCAGUCAGAGAGACGACUGCAGGGACACAGACAAGAAGUGUGUGGUUUAAAGUGGAGUACUGACCACCAGCUGCUCGCUUCUGGUGGCAACGAUAACACGCUACUGGUUUGGAACCAUUCUUCUCUGAGCCCAGUGCAAACAUACAUGGAUCACCUGGCUGCGGUGAAAGCCAUUGCUUGGUCCCCCCAUCAGCACGGCCUGCUGGCCUCGGGAGGCGGCACCGCUGACCGCUGCAUCCGAUUUUGGAACACCCUGACCUCACAGCCCCUGCAGUGUAUGGACACUGGCUCUCAGGUCUGCAACCUGGCCUGGUCCAAGCAUGCUAAUGAGCUGGUGAGCACUCAUGGCUACUCACAGAACCAGAUCUUGGUGUGGAAAUAUCCAGCUCUCACUCAGGUUGCCAAACUCACAGGACACUCCUACAGGGUGCUCUACUUGGCCAUGUCCCCAGACGGUGAGGCGAUAGUGACAGGAGCUGGAGAUGAGACCCUACGCUUCUGGAACGUAUUUAGUAAAACAAGGUCUACAAAGGAAUCUGUAUCAGUUUUAAAUCUCUUCACCAGGAUACGGUAACUUUAAGCAAAUAUUUAAACUCUAAGACUCUAGUUUGAGUGGACCCUGGCAUCACCACUGGAUCACUCAUCAGGACGGUGCUAAGAACGUACAAUGCAAGCUAAGGCAUCUUGUGACAUAUUUUCAGAGAGGAAGUGGCAUCAAGAUCAACAGAGCAAGUUCUGGUUAAUGCUAAUGCUUGAAUUCUUUUUGAUGUUUGUGCUCCUGUUAUGAAUGUAGUCUUUAUUUUGUAAUGUCAAAAAAUGUAUAAGUGAACUGAAAAAAAUCAUAGGCCUUAAAAUAAUUGUGAUAUCAUUUUCAUUUCUGUGGAAUCUGAGAUUGGGAGAGAGGAUUUUUAGUUUUUGUUUAACUCAGGUCUUAUUUAUUUAAUGCUUCAGUGGAGAAAAAUGCCAUUACAUAUUAUGACUAAAGCAUAAAAACCUAACAUGAUCACCUACUAAGGCCUUACAGUGUGUGCACCAUACUUACUGUGAUCCUUGGGGUACGAAGUUUAAGGUGCAGUUUUGCUCCUGUGGACAGAAAGUCUAGUGCUGUGCAUCUAGACUUAUACUACAUGGUUGAUUCUUUGUAGUAAAGGAAGAAAUAAAAGAUGGUGAAACUGAAAAA